CAUCUCUCGGCCCUGGUAAACACUAACAAGUGAAGCCGGCCGAAAGCUUUCAGAACAUCUGGAACCAGCAGGAGAAGAACAUGAACUGAAGAGGAAAGAAAAAAAAAAAAGGGGGUUCAUUUUCAAUUAUUUCAUGAACACAUUGUGAGGAGCAAGAGGAGGGGGGUCAAAAAAAAACGGGAACCCGUUCACUGCAAGGUCUUCGCUGGUCGGUGAGGAUUUUCCAGGAAUCAUGGGCAGAAAAAAGAUCCAGAUUCAGAGGAUCACAGAUGAGCGAAACCGACAGGUGACGUUCACGAAGCGCAAAUUUGGCCUGAUGAAGAAGGCCUACGAGUUGAGCGUCCUAUGCGACUGCGAGAUCGCCCUCAUCAUCUUCAACCACUCAAACAAGUUAUUUCAGUAUGCCAGCACCGACAUGGACAAAGUACUACUCAAGUACACUGAAUACAACGAGCCCCAUGAGAGCCGGACUAAUGCAGACAUCAUAGAGACGUUGAGAAAGAAAGGUUUUAAUGGGUGUGACAGCCCCGAGCCCGAUGGGGACGACUCCAUUGACCAGAGCCCCCUCAUGGAAGACAAGUACCGCAAGGCCAGCGAGGACCUGGACAUUCUAUUCAAAAGAUAUGGUUCUGCAGUGCCAGCUCCGAAUUUUGCCAUGCCGGUUACCGUUCCAGUGACCAACCAAAAUGCACUGCAUUUCAGCAACCCAGGAGGUUCCUUAAUCACACAGUCACUGAUGACUUCCUCAUUGACAGACCCACGGCUCCUGUCUCCACCCCAGCCGUCCUUACAGAGGAACACAGUAUCACCUGGUCUACCUCAGAGGCCAGCCAGUGCAGGUGCAAUGUUGGGAGGGGAACUGAACAACUCCAAUGGAACGUGCCCAAGCCCUGUAGGAAAUGGUUAUAUCAGCGCUAGAGCCUCUCCGGGUCUCUUACCUGUAUCCAAUGGGAACAGUCUGGGGAAAGUCAUCCAAGCUAAAUCUCCACCGUCUCCUAACCAAAAUAGCCAGCUCGGAGCCAACAGCCGCAAGCCGGAUCUGCGUGUCAUCACCUCACAAGGGGGAAAAGGGUUGAUGCAUCAUUUGACCGAGGAGCAGUUGGAGAUGAGUGUCCAGCGGUUAGGAGGAGUUUCACAAGCGACCCAUUCGCUCACGACCCCGGUUGUUUCAGUGGCGACUCCUAGUUUACUGUCACAUCAUGGACUGCCUUUCUCUGCCAUGUCCACAGCAUACAACACAGACUACCAGCUGACCAGUGCAGACCUGGCAUCCCUCUCUACGUUCAGUUCUCCCGGCAGUUUGUCACUCGGCAAUGUGACUGCCUGGCAACAUCAGCAGCAACAACAGCAACAACAUAACCAACCGCAACAACUCAUCCCGGUGUCACUCAGUAACCUUGUAUCCAGCAGUCACCUCCCACACACUGCCACCCUGACGGUCAACACCAACCCCAUCAACAUCAGCAUCAAAAGGGAACCGGCGUCCCCAAACAGAGAGCGUAGUACAGGCACCCCACUGAGCUGCUUCUCCCACCAGAGUCGGCACGAAGCCACCGGCCGCUCUCCUGUCGACAGCCUAAGUAGCAACGCCAGCUCUUUUGAAGGGAACGAUCGAGAGGACCCACGGGGAGACUACACCUCGUCCCUCGGUCUUCUGAGACCCUCGGGUGACACGGAGAGCGAGAGCCAAUCUGUAAAACGCAUGCGACUUGACGCAUGGGUAACAUAACCACCCUUUGUUCUGACACUUUAUUCUUUCGCUCGCAGCCCGCAUAAGGGCCGGGCAGAAGGGUGGAGUGCGACAAGGGAGGGUGGGGAGGGAAAAGGAAUAGCCGCCAGUGGGAUAUAUUGCUGUAGGGUGGGAACCUAUCAUAAACUGCCUGAGAUAUAGCUUUAGUAUUUGGUAGGCAUUCUUCCUAGUCCAGUGCCCCUGGCAAUGUCUGCAGAGGUCACGGCACUCCAUGGCUGCAGUGUAUAACUCUGCUGUGUAUAACCGCACAUCUCCAGCACUCCAAAGAUACCUGCUACCUUGUUGGAGUCUUCUUCAACCGCAGCUGCUAAAUUUGCCCCCACACUGACUUCAGUUUGCCCUCUCCGCCCCUCUCACUGCCUUACCUCUUGCUCAAAACACAGACUUUUGCCACUGUGCUGGGGCAGCUUUAAAUUCCGCAAGGGGCAGCAGCAGAAGGAAACCUGGAGAGCUCUGUAUAGUUAUACACAGUGGUUCAUUCACUCACAGGAUUAAUAUAAUGGUUUAAAUCCCAAUUUGGAUGCACGGUACAGCAAGGGGCUGUUGCCAUACAUGGAUCCAUGCCGCUUCAGAGAACUUUGCUUAUUUACAAGCUUUGGAGGGGUCACUUCUGUCUAUGAACAUUGUGUCGUCACCCCGACAUUGUGACAUCAUCUGCUCAGCUUCAUUUUUGCCUAUUUAUCUGUGGUGAAAUGCUCAUGUACAAAAUGCUGCGUUACUUACGGACAAUGGAUUCUGCCGUAUACAGGUCAGCGCAGCGUUAUAUUAACCUUUCACCAAGAGAUAUAUUCAGGAUCUAUGCCGGACGGAGCCUACCCUCCUCUUCAACCUCACAGUGAAGAUAAAGGCCAAGUGACACCGUCCAGAUGUAUCCCCGUCCCAAAUCCAUGCCCUGAUCUCUCCAGCUUCAGAUCCUCGAUGCAUAUCAAGUCUGCAUGUUCACCCCCGCCCCUGUCAGCCAUGGAGUUCUGUAUAAUGCAGACAUUGCCUUUUUUA